UACAAAGGGAGAUUACGCUUUAAAUUUUAAACACUGCCAAUCACUGUAAUAUUUGCUGGCAGGAAGAAGAGCUUUUCUUACUAGAUAAGGCCGAUAGACUACACAGAUUUUGAGAGCGCAUUCCAAAAUGUCGGACACUACAGACGGAAGCUCAGUGGCGGACAUAGGGAACGAGGUGGAAACAAAGGUCAGUGAAGAUGAGGCUAAGUCGAAACAUAAGAAGAAAAAACACCACAAGAAAAAAAAGAAAAGUGUUGCGGAAAGCGGAACGGAGGAGGCGGAAGCUACGGAUGACAGUGAGGCAAAGUCUAGUCGUAAGAAGAAAAAGCAUAAACACAAAUCGAAGAAGCAAAAAAAGGACGUUGAACAAACUGAUACGAGUGAAGGGGAGGAAAUAAAGGUAGAUGAUGUUGAGGUAGACUCUACAGAUAAAACACCGAGGAAGAGUAGCAAAGAGGUCGAAGAAAAAGAAGAAAGUAAGGUAGAUAAUAUUGAAACCGAUUCGAGUCGUACAAACGAGAUAUAUGGGAGUAGUUCAACAGGAAAAGAAGAGGAAAUUAAUGCGGGUAAGAAACGAAAGUCAGAAGAAGUUGAACCAGGUUCUAAAGAUAAAAAGAAAAAACACAAGAAGAAGCACAAGAAAUCUGCUGAAAAGAGUGAUACUGGUGAAAGUGAGGAGAUACAAACAGAUGAUGCUGAGGUUGCCUCUACAGAUAAAAAGAAAAAAAAACACAAGAAGAAACAUAGAAAAGACGUUGAAAAAGAUGAAAUAGAUGAGAGAGAGAAAAAAAAGGUAGAUGAUUUUGAUGUGGAUGCCAAAGAUACAACAUCAAGGAAGACUAGCAAAGAAAUCAUAGAAAAUGAAAUAGAUGAAAAAGAGAAAAAGCAAUUAGAUGAUCUUGAGGGUCAAUCUACAGGUAAAACAUCAAGGAAGACUAGCAAAGAGAUCAUCGAAAAAGAAAAUGAUGAAACAGAAAAAAGAAAGGUAGAUGAUAUUGAGGUCGAAUCUACAAGUACAAUUUCGAGAAAGAGUAGCAAAGAAGUAAAAGAAAAGGAAAUUGAUGAAAGUAAUGAAAUAAAGGUAGAUGAUGGUGAGUUCACCUCUACAGAUAAAAAGAAAAAACACAAGAAGAAACACAAGAAAAAAGGUGAAAAGAGUGAUACUGAUGAAAGUGAGGCGAUAAAAGUAGACGAUGGUGAGGUCGCCUCUACACAUAAAAAGAAAAAACACAAGAAGAAACAUAGAAAAGACGUUGAAAAAGAUGAAAUAGAUGAAAGAAAGGUAGACGAUAUUGAUGGUGAUUCUAAAGGUAAAACAUCAAGGAAGACUAGCAAAGAAGUCAAAGAAAAUGAAAUAGAUGAAAAAGAGAAAAAGCAAUUAGAUGAUCUUGAGGUUGAAUCUACAGGUAAAACAUCGAAGAAGACUAGCAAAGAAGUCAUAGAAAAAGAAAAUGAUGAAACAGAAAAAAGAAAGGUAGAUGAUAUUGGGGUCGAAUCUACAGGUAAAAUAUCGAGAAAGAGUAGCAACGAAGUCAAAGAAAAGAAAAGUGAUGAAAGUGAAAAAAUAAGAGAGAAAAAAAAGGUAGAUGAAGUCGAAGGUGAUUCAACAGGUAAAUCAUCAAGGAAAAGUAGCAAAGAAAUCAUCGAGAAGAAAAUUGAUGAAAGAGAGAAAAGAAAGGUAGAUGAUGUUGAGGGUGAUUCUUCAGGAAAAAUAUCGAGGAAAACUAGCAAAGAAGUCAUAGAAAAUGAAAUUGAUGAAGGAGUGAAAAGAAAGGUAGAUGAGGUUGAGGGUGGUUCUAAUCUUAUAAAUCUAAACGACAUAUAUGGGAGUAGUUCAACAGGAAAAGAAGAGGAAAAUGUUUUGGGAAAGGAGCAAAAGGUAGAUGGCAUUAAAGAACAGAAAUUAGAUGAUGGUGUGGUUAUGUCUAGUGAAGCUAAAGAAAAAUUUCCGUCUAAAAGGCCUAGCACACAAGGCAUAGAAUAUAAAAAUGAGGAUGAAGAACGAAAAGUAGACGAUGGUGUGGUAAAGUCUACUUCUUCUAAAGAAAAAUUCCCAUCUAGAAGGCCUAGCACACAAGGCAUAGAAUAUAAAAAUAUUGAAGGGGAAGAACGGAAAUUAGAUGAUGGUAUGGUUACGUCUACUUCUUCUAAAGAAAAAUACCCAUCAAGUAGCUUAAGCACACAAGGCAUAGAAUAUAAAAAUAAUGAAUCGGAAGAACGAACAUUAGACGAUGGUGUGGUUAGGUCUACUUCUUCUAAAGAAAAAUACCCAUCGAGUAGCUUAAGCAAACAAGGCAUAGAAUAUAAAAAUAAUGAAGGGGAGGAACCGAAAUUAGAUGAUGGUGUGGUAAGAUCUAGUUCUUCUAAAGAAAAAUACCCAUCGAGAAGGCCUAGCACACAAGGCAUAGAACAUAAAAAUAAUGAAGGGGAAGAACGGAAAUCAGAUGAUGGUGUGGUAAGAUCUAGUUCUUCUAAAGAAAAAUACCCAUCGAGAAGGCCUAGCACACAAGGCAUAGAACAUAAAAAUAAUGAAGGGGAAGAACGGAAAUCAGAUGAUGGUGUGGUUAGGCCUAGUUCUUCUAAAGAAAAAUACCCAUCGAGGAGGCUAAGCACACAAGGCAUAGAAUAUAAAAAUGAAGAUGAAGAACGAAAAUUAGACGAUGGUGUGGUUAGGUCUAGUUCUUCUAAAGAAAAAUACCUAUCGAGGAGGCUAAGCACACAAGGCAUAGAAUAUAAAAAUAAUGAAGGGGAAGAACGGAAAUUAGAUGAUGGUGUGGUUAGGUCUAGUUCUUCUAAAGAAAAAUACCCAUCGAGGAGGCUAAGCACACAAGGCAUAGAAUAUAAAAAUGAAGAUGAAGAACGAAAAUUAGACGAUGGUGUGGUUAGGUCUAGUUCUUCUAAAGAAAAAUACCUAUCGAGUAGCUUAAGCAAACAAGGCAUAGAACAUAAAAAUAAUGAAGGGGAAGAACGGAAAUUAGACGAUGGUGUGGUUAGGUCUAGUUCUUCUAAAGAAAAAUACCCAUCGAGUAGCUUAAGCAAACAAGGCAUAGAAUAUAAAAAUGAAGAUGAAGAACGAAAAUUAGACGAUGGUGUGGUUAGGUCUAGUUCUUCUAAAGAAAAAUACCCAUCGAGGAGGCUUAGCACACAAGGCAUAGAAUAUAAAAACAAUGAAGGGGAAGAACGAAAAUUAGACGAUGGUGUGGUUAGGUCUAGUUCUUCUAAAGAAAAAUACCCAUCAAGGAGGCUAAGCACACAAGGCAUAGAAUAUAAAAAUGAAGGUGAAGAACGUAAAUUAGAUGACGUUGUAAUCAAAUCAAUUCUUUCAAAAGAAAAACAAGGCAAUGAAGAAAGAAUUGAUGAGGAAAAGAAACCAAUAGAAUAUGUUGGUAGGGUUAAAUCUAGUUUUGAAAAAAUUUCAAUCAAAGUGAAAAGGCAAAGCAUAGAACAAAUUGAGUCGGAGAAUAUAAAGGUAGACGGCUACGAGUCUUAUCCAAACCAGUUUUUAUUUAAACUAAAACAAGGUAAAUCAGAUGAAAAACUUGAAGAAAGGCAGAAAAUAAAUGAUGACUAUGCAGUACCUCCAAAGAAAAAAAAAGUUCACAAACACCUGAAAGUACAUUACGGCGAUGACGUCAAGAAAGGGAUUGAAGACGACGACGAUGCGCCAGCGUCAGACACGGAAGAUGAAAGUUCUGAUGACGAAAGUUCCAGCUCGAAUGAGGAUUCGCCGCCUGACUCUCAAAUGCUUAUAGACUUUAGGGAAAUCGAAAACUCAACAGACCAGGCGACGUCCAGCGUAUUCGAGGCAGGAGCGUCCAAAAAGAAAAAAGAAAAAAGCGGAUCCAAACCUAAAGAAAAAGUCAAACAUAAAAAGAAAGAAAAGGACUCGUCGAAAUCGAAAGAAAAAAAUAAGUCGAAGACAAAGAAGAAGAAGUCUUCUAAAGAAACGCCCACGACGACGACGGAUGAGACGGUUGUGUCUGAGACAACAGCGCCGGAGGCGACGGAAACUACCGGAGAUGCAGAUACGGAGACGGGAGGAGAAGAUUCGGAAGAGGUGCCGGAAUUGCCGUCGAAACACACGCCGAGCAAGGCAGAAAAGGGUAUGAUUGAUUCCGUAACGGAAUCGGACAUUUCAAGUACCUCAACCUACGAUACUUCCUACAGCAGUGAUGAGAUAGGCGGUUCAAAGAAAAAACGUAAGAAAUCAAAGAAAGGAAAAGGAAAAGGUGGAGGCAUGAAGUCCUGGUUUACCAACAAAUUUUUGAAACCUUUUAGCUCAAGCAGCAGCGAGAGUCAGAAGAAAGACACAGUGUGGCUACGUAAUUUGGUCCCGCCUGUGUUGAAGGCACUGUUCGAGAACGCCAAGAUUGCACUCAACCAGGCCGAGGGUUUCCCAGACUUCACGGGGGAGCCCGAGUGGUCCACGCCCAAGACCAGAGGUCACGUCUACCUGCUGGACGAGAAGGGCGAUCCUCAUUGGUUCCCCACGGGUCCGCCCCUGAAGUUCCUUAGCCCCACCACAGCCAGCAGCAUCAUCCGCCAGUACACCAACUUCCCCAUGGAGCGCAUCCACCACUACGCCAUGAACGGGGAGAAGAUGUUCGCAUUAUACACGGCCAGAAAGUUGAUCGACAUUCUGGUACACAUUGACGACAGGUGUUUCUACGCCCACCGUAGCAUCCUAUGCACCCACAGCCAGUACUUUGCUGAUGUUCUUGUAGACAACGACAUCCCACCUUAUGCCGUCACCGACGUCACCAUCAAAUCGGUUGAUCCUGAUUACUUCAAGUACUUCCUCCACUUCGCUUACACAGGAGAUGUAUUUGUGAACAUGGAGAACCUGUACGGUCUAAAGACGAUAGCCGCCAUGCUACAGUCCAACACACUCAAGGCCAAACUCAUGUUGUUCAUGGCAACAACUGACGCCAUGGAGGUGGAGGAGGCCAUCGAGAUAUUGACUGGAGAUGGAAAUAAAGAUGAAAAGGCCCUCGCCAUCGAGGUGGUCAAAACCUAUUUUACAUCAGUGGUGGACGACCCCAGGUUGUAUCUCUUCAGCUUUGACGACUUCCUGGAGAUCAUCAGCGGCGAUAACCUUGUGGUGAACUCUGAACUCGACGCCUUCUGGGGGGUUCUCUUCUGGGUGGCUUACGACGUGGGUAAUAGGAUCAACCAACUACCAAAGCUGAUGAAUGAAGUCAGAUUCACCAGCAUGACGUCACUGGAGCUACUGGACUGUGCCCGGGUGACGGAGCUCAUCAAGAUGUCCAGCAAGUGCAAGAAGAUGCUGGUCGCCGCCUGCUGGGUGUGCCAUGCCAGAGAAACCGGGCUAGAAGACCCCCUGGGGCUGCCAGAAAAACCUAAAAGACAUUGUCUGAUGGAAAAACCUGCUAAAGAUCCUACAGUGGCUGAGUUUGAUGAGAGAUAUCUCAAGUACACCAAGCUGGCUCACAGGAAAGGUGAUGCUAUACACAAUCAGGAUGCGGACGCGACAGGUAAAAACACAAAAGAUAACGCCAGACGCGUGUACUUCCCCGAGGGUGACGACUUAACAGAGAACCUGGGCACGUCCAGCGAACCUGGGCAGAAGAAAAGUAAAAAGGGGAAGAAGAGCAAGAAGGGGGAGGGCGGGGAGGGGUUCGGCUUGGCCAAGGCUUGGAAAUCCCUAACGAGUCUUGGAGGCAAAGGAGGCAAGGAACCGAAGAAAUCGAGAUCAAAGAAAAAGAAGUCUGGGGGAGGGGGUGAAGAGGAUGCGGGGGAUAAGAACCCGGGGGAUGGGGAAAAAGGGGAGGAACCAGCGAAGGAGGAGUCGUCGUCGUCGUCUACGUCGAAGGGGGGGUCAGACACGGAGGUGAAAAAAACGGAUGGAAACGUGAAGCCACCGGCAGCAAAGGCGGGUGAUAAGAAAGGAAAGAAAAAAGGAAAACAAGUCAAAACGCCGACUGCUAAGAAGCCGGCGCCGAAAGGUGGAGCCAAGAAGAAAAACAAGAGCAAAAACGCCCUCACCGACAAUAGUUCCAUGAACGCUUUGUUUAGCUUAAGCUCCGAGAGCGCCGAGCCACCGAAAGUCGUGGAACCUUUAGCUCUGUGGGAAUCCAACGAAAUGCUGCCUAUAGAGAGAUGUCUACUGGGCGGGAACAUCCUGCAGCCUUACAGACAGAACAAGAUCACACUGCGGAAGUCUCCAGAUUCACACGAGCAAGGGAUGAGCCACCGUCAAGAGGCUCGUGAUAAAAGCUCCCCCCACUGGAGAAGUUUAGGAGAUUUGAACCCCCCACCUAACUACACGUCUAAUUCGUUCUCCAACUUUCGUGAACAUUGCCAAUCUAAUCCUGAACUUUACAUCCCACCCAAACAAACCCUCCCCUCACAGUUUGUAUCGCAACAAGACGCUAUACAACGUGCUCACGCGGAAGAAACAACGCCCCUCCCACGACAAAAUGUCCAUAUGACAGAUACACGAGAUCAAGACAGGCGUCUCCAUGACAACAGUCGAAAAGUCCAUGCCCGAGGACGACAUGGAACCAACCCAAGACCAAGGGGAAGGCAUAAAAAACCAGACAGCAAAAAUGAAGACGUAGAUUUAAUUAAGUUUGAUGAUAGCAGUACUUAG